AUGGCGAGUUCGAUUUCUUCAAUCUCUCUAUCGCCAUGUUUCAUCGUCAACAAGCAAAGCCCGUGGCUUCAUAACCCAUCGCCGACCUCGAGCCGUCUCAUCCUUAAUCAUUCUUCAAAGCAUCUUAAUCGUCCACUGUCUUCUUCGCCGGCCUCCGUCGUAGAAACUGAUGACGACACCUUCAGUGGUUGCAGAGGGUGCGGGAAGGAGGAGAAAGAGAGUGGUUGUAACGGUGACGGACGGAUUCAAGGCGGCAUUGCUACUGUCCCUGGCUUCGGGUGGUGGCCCAUUAAGGCUUACAGGCCUUGUCCCGCUUUUGUGGAGGCCGGAGGUAGAUACCGCCGCAUCGGCCAGAGCAUGGACGAGGUCGCAUUCGGUCGUGGUGGUGACUCUAAAUCCACCGCUGAUUCGUAG